AAUUCGGGUGUACAGCAGGUCUUCCUUCCUCCUGAGUGAUGCCUCGUUCUUUCUUGGUAAAGCGAGGAGGGCUGCACCAUAUUCGGCCUGCAGCAAGAAGCCCCAGCCCUGGAUUAACCCCGAUAACAUAUAGCCAGCUAGGAAAACAGACGGGGUCCUGGGAUACACCCCUGGAGUACUCCACAACAGAAACACCACAUAAUAACACAGUGCCCAUCACAGUAUUGCAGCAGGGCCUUCAGGCGGACAACCACUCUGAUGGAAGUGGGCACCUUCAGCCAUUCAGUCCCAAAUCUUAUGACAGUAGAUCUACUGAGCCAUGCAGUCCUGUCAACUCAAAUACUUUGAGCCCCGUGGAGAAAGCAGAGUCUAGCCCUCCCACACCAGCAGUAUGGUCCGGACCUCAUGUGACUUCAAGAUAUUCAGAUAAACUGUCUGUGGGACUGGAAGACCUGGCUCAGCACCCUCAGAUCCCGAGAGAGACCAGGAGCCGUGGAUGCUCGAGGAUCAGUGCUCCGAGGCAAGAGUGUCCACUCUGUAGCAAAAUAUUUUCAUGCCUGUCAAGUUUGAAGACUCACAUAUGCAAGAGCCACGGAAGCAGAGCACCUCUGUCACCAGCACUCAUCGAGUCCAGCAGGACUUUUACUGAGCGGUCACUAUGCAGGGGCAAGGAGAGGACGUUUGGCUGUACAGUGUGUGGAAAAGUAUUCAAGCGCUCCUCCACCCUAUCCACCCAUCUGCUCAUACAUUCAGACACCCGGCCCUACCCCUGCCAGUUCUGCGGCAAAAGGUUCCACCAGAAGUCUGACAUGAAGAAACACACUUUCAUACACACUGGGGAGAAGCCUCAUGUGUGUCAGAUAUGUGGGAAGGCAUUCAGCCAGAGCUCCAACCUCAUCACCCACAGCCGUAAACACAAGGAUGACCGACCCUACCGCUGCCCUCGCUGCCUCUACGGCUUCCAGCACAAAAUGGACCUGCGGCAGCACCAAGAGCACCACUGCACCUACCGCUGACUGACACGGCCAAGUCAACAUUCAGCCUUUUACCAGCGGAAACACAUUCAGGACAUUAAGCUAAUGAAUGUGUUGUUGUGAUGAUGAAGUCAAAUCUUCCAUUUCAAGCUAUAGUUGUUUAUAUUUUACAUUUAACUGCCUUUCAGGGGAAGAAAGAUACUGUUCUUACUCUUCGCACAGGUUUCCAACACAGUAAUGCAGUUAUUUCAGGACCCUACGACUUGGAAGUAAUGGUUACCUUUGAUCUACUGUGUACCUGUUGAGAUGUAAACAUCCAAAUAGUACUUACUAUUCAGAGUUACCCUCAUGUUAAUUACAGCGUCCAUCAUUAUUUGUGUCAAGGGCAAUGCUAUUUAUUUCCCCACAUGAUUCGUCCAUAUUCUCUGUAGAUCUGUGAUCAUGUGAGGGGAGAAAUCCAAGGUUUAUGUGCAGCUGAACUUUCAUGUUCUGUCUACAGUACACAGAUUUAACAUUGUGGAAAUGUAGCUUCAACACAAACUGGUGACACUACAUGAUUUCAUUACAUCUCUCACUUUGUAAGCAGCUAAAACCAACAGCUAGAAUGAAUGUAGUGCAGCGUAAGUAAAUGAUGUAGUACUACUGAAUGUAGUGCAGUUCAGUACACAAGGCCACACUGAAUGCUUUCCUUCUUACUUUUCU